AUGGAGAGCUCGGUGCGUUUCAUACCGCCGCUCAAGGGCGCCUCGUACGGCGCUUCCACCCUGACUGGAGAGUUUCCGGGCGGUAAAACCCGGAGCGGAUCAGCGGAUCAGCGGAUCAGCGGAUCAGCGGACCGCCGGCGGGCCGUGAAGGCCUCCUCCUCCUCCGGCCUGCUGACCACAGCCAGCGCGGCUCCGCCGGGGCUCACAGACACCGAGACCCCGCCUGAUACCGGACCACCAGACCCCCCCACAGAACCACAGCCGGACCCGCUGCUGCUACACGGGACCGGGACCGGGACCGGGACCGGGACCGGGAGGGACCGGGGAGGACCCGGGAUGCAGAUGGCGCCUCUGUUUUCGCCGGAGGAGGACCCGGUAGACCCGGUCCCGGUCCCGGUCCCGGUCCCGGUCCCGGGCUCCGGGUUACGGCAGCAGCGGGAGGACGGAGGCUAUAACACGGAGAACCGGACCGGCAGACCCGACCGGGACCGGGACCGGGACCGGGACCGGGACCAGGACCGGGACCGGGACCGGGACCGGGACCGGGACCGGGACCAGGACCGGGACCGGGACCAGGACCAGGACCGGGACCGGGACGUGGUGUUUAACAUCGUUAGAGAGGCUGAAGGAACCGGAGAGACCGGGAGGAUGAACCGGGCCCGGGGGGAGAGCUGGAGACCAGCUGGUCCCGGUGGUUCUGCUGGUCCCGGUGGUCCCGGUGGUUCUGGUGGUCCCGGUGGUCCCGGUGGUUCUGCUGGUCCCGGUGGUCCCGGUGGUCCCGGUGGUUCUCUUGAGGUGGUUCUGUGUGAGUCCAGCACCAGUCUGACCCGGGUCGAUGUCGAUGUUCCGGUUCUGAGGACAGACCAGGUCUUCAGCCUGCCGGUGUACCGUCAGACGGUGGAGGACGUGGUUCUGACCAACCGGUACGGAGACCAGAUCUGUGGUCAGAUCUGCACCGAGAACAGUAAACCGGUCCCGGUCCCGGUCCCGGUCCAGGAGCUGCUGACCCGGUCUGAUGAGAGUGGGGGUCUGAUGUCAGAGAGGUCCGGUGGUCUGGAGGAGAUGGACUCAUCAGAACUCAUCUCAGCAGGGCUGCAGGGGGACACGGUACCGGACCUGGACCCAGACCAGGACCCGGUACUGGACCCGGACCCAGUCCAGGAUCCGGUCUCCAGCAGUCCCCCUGCCGGCGAGACGUUCUCCGGUCCCCCUGCCGGCGAGACGUUCUCCGGUCCCCCUGCCGGCGAGACGUUCUCCGGUCCCCCUGCCGGCGAGACGUUCUCCGGUCCCCCUGCCGGCGAGACGUUCUCCGGUCCCCCUGCCGGCGAGACGUUCUCCGGUCCCCCUGCCGGCGAGACGUUCUCCGGGACCAUCACCAUCAACAACCAGAGCAUCCUGGUGACGAUCGAGGACGGGAUCCUGACCCUGGCCGCCCCCCCAGAGGGCUACGUCCACCGAGAGGACGACCUGCUGAGCCUGAAGGAGCACCUGGGCAUGAAGGACCACGAGGACAUCGUCCUGCUCAACUACGACAGCGGGACCAAGUCCAUCGGGAAGAUCAGCACGCUGGCGGUCUCCGGCUCCGGCUCCGGCCAGCAGGACGAGUCCAGACCCGGACCCGGGUUCUCCAGACCGGGGUUCUGUGUGAGCGACUCUGAGCUGGCUCUGGUGGACGACUGCUCCUUACCGGAGCUGGGUCCGUCUCUGGACUGCUGUCCCAUCGUCAAACAGGAAGCCGGGACGCUGUGUGCCGUCACCGAGGCGGACCUGGUCUCCCCGGGUCCUAGAACCACCGUGGUGGACUGUGACCACGGAGACUUCCAGUCCGCUCCGCUCAUAAAGUCCAAGAAAGAGACGGCGUCCUCGUUGGACUGUCCAGAACCGGGCUGCUCCUGCACGUUCGAUACACGCCAGAAACUGAAGGUCCACCUGCUGAACCACGCCGAGGACCCGCGGCCGUACCGGUGCUCGGUGGACGGCUGCGGCUGGGCCUUCGCCACGUCCUACAAGCUGAAGAGACACCUGCAGUCCCACGACAAGCAGCGGCCGCACACCUGUCAGUACGAAGGCUGCGGGCGCCGCUUCACCACCGUCUACAACCUCAAGGCCCACGUCAAGGUCCACGAGCAGGACAACGCCUUCGUCUGUGAGAUCUGCAGCGAGCGGUUCCGCAGCGCCACGAGACUCACCAACCACCAGAGAGUCCACUUCGAACCGCAGAGACCUCACAGGUGUGAAUUCACAGGCUGUGAGAAAACCUUCAUCACCUUCAGCGCCCUGUUCUCCCACAAUCGUACUCACUUCAGAGAGACGGGUCACUUCACCUGCACCUACCCGGGCUGCGACAAGACGUACGACAAGGCCUGCCGUCUCAAGAUCCACCUGAGGAGUCACACCGGUGAGCGGCCGUUUGUCUGUGACUCAGAGGGCUGUGGCUGGUCCUUCACCAGCAUGUCCAAGUUGCUCCGACAUAAACGGAAACACGAUGAUGACCGGCGCUUCGUCUGUACAGAGGAGGGUUGUGGGAAAUCCUUCACCCGGGCGGAGCACCUCAAGGGUCACAGUAUCACCCAUCUGGGCACCAAGCCCUUCCAGUGCCAUGCAGAAGGCUGUAACGCCAAGUUCUCAGCACGCAGCAGCCUGUACAUCCACUCCAAGAAGCAUAAGCAGGACGCCAGCAGCCUGAGGACUCGCUGUCCUGUGGCCAACUGCUCCAAGCACUUCUCCUCCCGCAGCAGCCUUAAGAGCCACAUGCUCAAACACCACCACCUCAGUCCUGAUGUUCUCAGCCAGAUGGAGACCACACCCAGCCUGACCCCCAGCAGCGAGCUCAUCAGCUCCACCCCGACAACAGUUGCCGGGCCUGGUAUCGCCGGGGGCGACCAGCUGACCAACCUGGACCUCAGCUCUCUUUUCUCCGCUGUGCCUGGUGGCGCCGCACCCACCGCCGGCAUUGCAGCGGGGAUUCCCGUCGCCGGGAGCGGCUGUAACGGCACGUUCACCAUGGACCUCUCCCUGGUCAGCUCAGGCAUCCUCACCAUCGACCCCUCCUCGGUCGCCGCCGCGCUGGGUACCGGCGCCGGCACCGCGUUGGCCAAAGCUGUGGACCCUCUUAUCCUGGCAGCCAGCGCUGACAUGGGCCCCCACCACAGUUUGGAGGGAACGGUGGGAGACGUCCUGCCCCCACAGGGCACUCUCAAUCUGGACGAUGUGCAGACGGUUACCCCGGAGGCCCUGGGAACGCUCACGGCUCUCGCCAUGCAGGGUGCCGGUGCCUCCGUGGACCCGACCCUGCAGCACCCACUCAGCUCCUCCAGUGCCCUGAGCGUGGAGCCCACGGCCUCUCUGGUAGUGGCCCCUGUGGCCGAGCUGCUGGCCUCGCCCUCCAAGGUGGUGGAGGUGGGUGGCCCGGGUGGAGCGGGGCCUCUGCUGGGCUGUGUGGAGGUGCUGGGACCUCAAGAGGGAGGAAAAGUCCUCACCCAGUUUGUUUUCCCCGGUCACAGCAGCAGCUUCAGUCCACAGAAAGACCAGGAGCUCACCGCGGUGUCACCAAGCAGCUUCCUGGAGAGCGGCGGCUCAGCGAGGACCGACUACAGAGCCAUCCAGCUGGCCAAGAAGAGGAAGCAAAGAGGUCCUUCAGCCUCCUCUGGGACUUCAGGAUCGAGUCAGAGGAAACCUAAAGGAGCGAAGGCGGCGUCGGCUCCGGCACCGAUGGCUCCCUCUGGUGUUUGUUAUGGGGAAGGAGCUGCAGCAGCCAACGGGGGUCUGACCCUGCGGGACCCCGUCACCGGGGCCCAGUACGUCCAGAUUCAGCUGCUGCAGGACGACCCGGCCAGCGACGGCGACCUGGCCUUCCAGCUGAGCUCGCAGCCCUCCAGCUCCCACUCUCAGCUCACCACCGACCUGCCCGUCAACAUCUUACAGGAACCUUCAGUGAUGACGGAGGACGACAACGGCUCGGACAACUCCCAGUUCACGGGAAGCACAAUCAACCUUCAGGACUUGGAGUGACGACCGCAGAGCUGCAGGUCAGAGGUCAGAGGUCAGAGGUCUACAUCAACAAGCUCUCUACUCUGAGAUGUUUGACUCCAUCAAACGGUCGCCUCGUCUCAUCCCAGGACUUUGAAAGCCUUUUAGGACGUGUGGUUGACGUAGAUGGAGGUGGACACGAGUCCACAGAUAAUGCACCUUGACGAGAGGAGAUGAGGAUUAUGUGUUUAUUUCUAAAGUCCAGUUUGUACCAAAAUCCAACCUGAGAGUCAGUCUCAUGUCAAAGAGACGUGCGAGUCUCUUUGUGUCUGUGUCCUGUGGGUUUGGACAGUACCGGUGUCUAUUGCCACUCAUGCACACUCACAGUGCUCCGUCUACGCUCCAGUUGCCUUACAGACGCCUCACGCUGUGCAUUCCUCCACCGGCGGGUUACCUGCUUUACGUGUUGCUCUUUUGAUUUCAUUUCUUUUUGUACGGCAGCAGUGAGUCCGUGUUGAAAACAUGCCUGCUCAUGUGUUUGUUCUAUACAUUAUGUUAACUACCUUCUUGUAAUAAUUGUAUCUGUUAUUUAUUAUUUAGCUGUGAGUUUACAGAACGGCAGAGCCAAACACAGAGACCAAUUAAAGAAUCAAAGCACAAUCAGAA